CAGGUCCGACCGUGCUCAAUGGAUUCCUUGCUGCUUGAAUUGCCUUUGGUCGCCUUCAUUGUUUCCCUCUUCUGCUUCAUCCUAAAUCGUUUUUCAAGAAGUAAGCAGCAAUUCAGUCUUCCCCCAUCUCCGCCGGCUCUUCCUGUCAUUGGCCAUCUUCACUUGAUAGGAGAUCUUCCCCAUCACUCCAUGCUAGAGCUGUCCAAAAAGUAUGGAGAGUUCAUGUUUCUUAAGCUUGGCAGCUUGAACACCCUUGUUGUCUCUUCACCAGAUGCUGCCAAAAUUGUUCUCAAGACUCUCGAUCCUGAGUUUGCAAUGAAGCCCGAGCAUCUGGAGGCCAAAUAUGCUAGCUAUGGUGGACGAGGUAUAAUCUUUGCACAGUAUGGUGAGCACUGGAGACAAGCCAGGAAGCUCUGCACAGUACAACUGCUGUCAACAAAAAGAGUUGAAUCUGCUGAACCAAAUCGAAAAUUGGAAAUGGGUCUUUUGCUUGCAGACCUGUGGAAAUGUGCUGACGAUGGUGCUGUUGUGAACUUGACCAACAAACUCUCCGACUUCGCCUUCAACGUAAUGCUCAAGAUGGUCACAGGCAAGAGCCACUCCAGCAGCGCAAGCAGCAGAGAUGAAGAGGAGCAAGCGCGUAGCAUUAAGGAGGGUCUCAUGGAAUUCGUUCGAGAAGGCACUGGAAUGCAUAUUGCAACUUUCUUUCCGUGGCUCACGUGGGUCGACAAGCAAGUGUACAAGCUGGCCUCUGUGCACAAGCGUGUUGACAAGAUCCUGGAGAGCGAAAUUGAUCGGCAUCGAGAAAAAUUGGGAAAAUCGCAACCAAGCAUGCAGCAUGAGAACUUUAUCGAUGUCAUGCUAAUGGACAGCGACGCGAACGACGCCCAUAUCAAAGCAAUGACAGUGGACAUGCUCGCGGCAAGCACUGACACUGCCUCAAUCACAUCGGAGUGGGCAAUUUCAGAGCUACUGAAUCAUCCUGCUGCGCUGGCCAAGGUACAAGCCGAAUUGGAUGAAGUGAUAGGCCAAGAACGUACCAUGCAAGAGUCGGAUAUCCGAAGUCUCACGUACCUCCAAGCAGUUAUCAACGAAACACUUAGGCUACACCCGCCAGUCCCAAUUUAUCCCCGCGAGAACUCUGCCCAAGCCUGCAUGAUCAGCGCCAAAUGGGGUGUUCCUGCAAGAACGCGAGUCUUCAUAAAUGCAUAUGCAAUUGGAAGAGAUGAGACGCUGUGGAAGGAGGCGCACCGAUUCAAGCCGGAGAGGUUCCUGGAGGAGAAAGUCGGCAUCGAUGCCCGAGGGCAGGACUUUGAGCUGAUACCAUUUGGUGCAGGACGCAGAAUGUGCCCGGGGAUGCAGCUGGGUCAUACCAAUGUCAUGCUGGCCGUUGGAAGCUUGUUGCACGCAUUCAACUGGAUCAUACCCGGAGCCGAUAAUGGCACCGGCAAGGUAGACAUGCAGGAGCACUUCGGGAUGACUGUCGCCAGAGCAGCGCCUCUCCAGCUCCUGCCGGUGCCGCGCUUGCCCGCCCAUGCUCUAGCCCUAAAGCCUGGGAUUUAAUCAAUCCAGAUUCAGGCGCGAGUUUUUAAUAGUAGGUACUAAAAACAUUAUGAAGAUUUUUAUAAAAUAAAAUGUAUAUAUU